GCACAUAUCCUCACCUUUGUAAAAUGUUAUUCAGUCUGUUUAGUUUCCUUACCUUUAUUCUUUCGUCCGUGUAAAAUUCGAGGGCUGCGACGAUUGGCAUGGCCGAGUUGAUUUUAGAUCCAAAUAUACGAGGUUGGGUGUUUCUACCGAUCGUCGUGAUUACAUUUCUCGUAGGCAUUAUUAGGCACUAUGUUUCAAUAUUACUUGCUUCACAGAAAAAGGUCGAGCUUCAUCAGGUGCAAGACAGCCAAGUGAUGAUACGCUCUAGAUUGCUUAGAGAAAAUGGCCAAUAUAUCCCAAAAAUGGCAUUCAUCAGUAGGAGACAUUUCUUUAAUAACGAGGAGACAGGAUACUUCAAAACACAGAAACGUGCUCCUGUAUCCCAAAAUCCAAUGACAGAUCUUAAUAUGAUGACAGAUAUGUUGAAAGGAAACGUAACUAAUGUUCUGCCAAUGGUAUUGAUCGGUGGCUGGAUCAAUUGGAUGUUCUCUGGCUUUGUCACCACUAAAGUGCCAUUUCCAUUGACGUUGAGGUUCAAACCGAUGUUGCAACGUGGUAUAGAGUUAGCUACCCUCGAUGCUGCAUGGGUAUCGUCGGCAUCUUGGUAUUUCCUUAACGUGUUUGGGCUGCGUUCCAUUUAUACUCUUGUCCUCGGAGAAAGCAACGCUGCCGAUACCUCUAGGCUUUUACAGGACCAAGUUUCCGGUGCUGCGAUGUCCAUGCCGCCAGAUCCGAAAGCUGCUUUCAAGUCAGAAUGGGAAGCAUUGGAGAUAUACGAACACAAUUGGGCAUUGCAGGGUAUCGAGGCAGAUCUUAUAGGAUCUCAUAAAACAGAUGCAAUUGAAAGUAGCAAAGACAAAUAGAGACAAGAACAUUACAUCUAUAUCUACAGGUAUAGCAUGUGCCAUUUCGGAAAAAUAACUGAACUUUCAAGUAAUUGAAUUUACGGUUUCCAUUAACACAAUGAACAAUCUGUUAUUCCUUUAUGUUUCGUUAGGGCAGUUGGUUUAUAUAUUCUGUUAAUACUUCUCUCUUCAUGUGUAAAAAAUUAUCCAAAAAUAGCAGUAUAUUUCCACCCAUUCUACAUUUUUAAAUGGUACAAACGAAUUUGUAUUUAAAAUAAGUUAUUAAACACUAUGUACAAUAAAGUGUAUCAUAAUAAAUGUUCAUUUUAUAUAUGUA